AUGGCUGCCGCGAAUCGCAUCUCCAGCUUCUUCAAUGUGCUGGGCGCUGUUGCGCAAAACAACGUCUUCGGCGGUCUUGCACAGAAUCAGCAGGUCCGAUCGUUCUAUCUCUCGAGUUUCACGAGCGAGCUUAUUGCGAAGUGGGACGGAGAUGAUACCGCAUCGCUGCUAAAUCUGGUCGAGGGCAUGGAGGCCACAAAGUCACCCAAGCCGCAGAGCUCGCGCCUGAAGAAGAACAAGAAGAUCUGGAGGACACAGAGCAUGCUCUUGCUUGCUCAGCGAGACCAGGCUUUUAUCAAAGGAUUCUUGGAUCGGACACUGCCGCAGCAAGUCCUGCAGGGGAAAAUACUGGCUCCAAAGAUUCGGAAAUACGACCAGAAUGGCCCACUUCAGCCAAUGAUUUACGCCAACUUCAUAGCAGACCGCCACGGCCUUGGGUUGACGUGCGACGGCUACGACUGGUUCCUCACGGCCAUGGAGGUCGGUGUUGGCUUGGUGCCAGAUCCGGCCAACACUAGGACAACCAUGAUGGGAGGACAGAAUGUGUACGACGGUGCCAACUGGGCAUAUCAGCAGGCUAGACCCAAAGGCACCAAGACCUUUUGGGCAGGCGUAGAUAUGCCCACGCUAAGGAAGAAUGUGCAAAAGCUCGUGGCAGAAAACCGAAAAAUGGUCGCAGAUGCGCGUGCUGCAAACAGCGAUCAUCUGAUUCCCAAUCCAGAGAUUGGAUGGGGAUAUCGCGGAUACAACCGACUUCACAAUCACAACAAUCUGGAUGAGAGCUCGCCAGACAUUUUCCGGUACGCACAGUUGGUGCUAAGGCAUUUAUUCCGCGGCAGAGGCUUCCGCCUUCAUCAAUUCAUACUGUUCGACGUUUGGAACGAGGUCCAGGCUGGCAUCGGCGAGUCGCUGGGGUCGCAGCUCGGCGAGGCGUACAUUAACCACGGAGGAUUCAAUUUCGACCAAGCUGGAGUGUCUGAUGCUUAUUCAUGGAGUAUGACAGCUAGGCAGUGGCACGAUGUGCGCACAGCAAUCGAUACCGACGCUUACCGCACAUCCAUCUUCACUCGUCUCCAGGCCAUACAUGACCGAAUCGAUCAAGCAAUGCAACCAGAUCGCCACAUGGUUGAGGGCCACGAGCUUUUGAACAGAGUGAACCAAUGCAAGAUCGACCUUGCUGCCACUAGUGGGCUACUGGAGGACUCCAUCAAUGCUAUCAAAUCGGCCAUCGAUCUUCAUGAACAACAAGUCCUCAUUCGAACCGACAGACUAGCUCUGCUCAGUUCAGAAGAUGAGUUUAUGCAAGAGUUCGCCAAUGAUCUUCACAGCCUCGCUGAUAUGGAAACUCUGGUGCUGUCUGAGGACACCGAGCGAGAUGAGGCACUGGAGACGGAACGCGUUCAUGAUUAG